AUGUCUACAUCGCAAGGAGUCAACGUGAGCACACCAUACCUCCCGACAUUUGCGCACGACAGAGUGCUCGGUGAUCGAUCAUUGACUGACCACAUACAGGUACUCCGGUGGUCGGCGCUGGUAGCAGGCAUAUUUUACGGCUUUUCGCACCAGAGAACAGUCACGGCACGAAGCCAGGAAGCACAUGUUCAAAAAGAAUGGAAGAACAAGGAGGACUUGAUACAAAAGGCCAAGCUUGAAUGGAAGAAGAAGCAGAAUCCACAACCUUUCACAAAAAGUGGUGAUGUAAUUUCGGAUCCAGAUGACAAGAACUUUGACCUGGAAGCAUAUCUGACGAAGAUGGCUGCGGACGAGAAGUGA